AUGCUAGUCGAAGGUCAGUAUUUCUCCUUGAUAUUUGCAUUCCUCAUGAAGCGUAAGCUAUCUGAUGAUGGUGUUACCAGCCCCCAAAAAGUUAUGAAGGUAUCCAGUAUACCUGAAAUGAAAACGGUAUGUGAUGCUCUUGAAUAUCUGUUUAGUCUAUAUCCUUCUAUGAACUCAAAAAAUCUUGGCCGCCCAAUCGUUUUGAAGUCACAGUUAUACACUCUUGUAAAUAAUCGGAACAAAGUAGAAUCUCAACUGUCAGAUAUGCAGACAUCUCAGAGAAUACGUUUAUUAAACAUUGACGACCAAAUCGAUGAUUCCGUUGGUAUAAUGAAAUCUGAUGAUUUUGUAAAUUCUUUCAGAGAUUUCUCUAUUGAUGAGUCAAAGAUUUUAGAACGAUUUGCGGAAUUCACUAGUCAAAAGUAUCAUUAUUUAAGCUUAUGUAAACGUGUUGCAUCGGAGAAUUUUUCGGAUAAUGAGAUAAGCAUUCUAAUACAAAAUGGAGCUUUAACCAUCAAAUCCGAGAACAGUUGGUACAUUUCCACUCCAUAUCUUGGUGCAUUUAUUCGUGCCUACAAAGCUGGUCAACGGGGUUUAUUAACAAUAAUUAAGAAGACGCGAUUCAAAGAAUUAUUGCUAUCUGAGAUUUUUCAUCGAAACCUGGGUAAAGGUGCUUGUCUAGGUCAUAUGUAUCACUUACUCGCCCAUUUAGGAGCUGGAACUUUGAAUUCGAUUCAAACUAGCUCUGGUUUGCUUAUCAGAAUGUAA